ACCAAGUGGACUCUGCCUGAAAAGAGAGCAAUUGCAAAUUGUUCAAGUUGAUUGAUUAUUUAUACUUGACAAUUUGCAAUUGUACGUGGCCUAACCUUGUUCAGAGUUCACUUGGCCACGUAACUCACUAAUUUCGAGGAAUAAAUAAAUCUACGAGCCGUUUUUUAACUAGGAUAAUCUAAUCUUGGUGCCUGAGGAAGAAGAUCAUAAAGUUUUUAGCUCGACAACAUAACAUGACACAUGACACACCCUUGUAGUAAUGGGCAAAGGAAAUCCAAAGGAAUAUUAAAAUACCGUCACUGAGCAGAAUUGUCUACCAUUUUCGUUAUCUCAUUUGUUGCGCACAAUCAUUUACUGGGGACUGAAGGAGGGAAGAAGGAAGGAAAAUGUCGGGUUCUUCUCCAAAUGUAGGGGGCUUAUCGAAUGAUCCUUUAAACACUGUCGGGGAUAGUUCUCCUCCUCCACUAGAUUCACAAACAAUGACGGCACGAUACAACCAACGCAAUCCAGCCGUGAAGAGACUGAUGAGGGAAGCUGCAGAAAUGGCAGUUAGUGACGAGAGAUGGGAUAUUGAUGCGAAGCCCCUUGACGAUAAUCUGUUUGAGUGGCACUUUACCUUCAGAGGCCCCCCAGAGACGGUGUACAGUCGUGGAGUGUAUCAUGGCAGGGUUAUAUUUCCAUCUCAGUACCCGUUAACCCCACCUGAGAUAGCUAUUCUGACGCCUAAUGGCCGUUUCGAGACUGGAACAAAAAUUUGUCUCUCCAUCUCUAAUCAUCAUCCUGAAACUUGGUUGCCUUCAUGGAGUAUUAGGACGGCAAUCACCGCACUUCGGGCGUUCAUGGCCUCUGACAGUCCGGGAGCUAUAGGAUCUCUGCAAUGUAGUGAUCAGGCACGACGUCAAAUGGCGACGGAGUCAAUGUCGUAUAAUUGCUCAAGCUGUGGGCACACAACUGGUCUAUUAGCUCCAAUGCCUGAACCGGAAUCAAAUUCAACCGUGCCUCAGGAGAAAAAUGAUGCACUCAUACAAGGAAACGAACAAACGACAGCAGAUAACACCAUCAGUUCCGGAGUUAAUGCUUCACCAACCACAGAACUCGAUGCUAAAUCAAUAACUACUUCUUCUAACGAAAUUCAAGAAACUAGAGGAAUAGGUGAAAGCUUGAUUAUACCAAAUGAACAAGCUGAACAAGCUCUCGUCGGCAAUGAAUCGGGACUCGCUUUACCGGAUGUCAACAGCGUAGGUCUGAAUGUAUCACCACCUUCAGUAGGACAUGGAGCUAGACAAGUUCAACGGAGGGUCCUUGUUCCACAAGAAUUGGCAGAGAUUGAGCGUCAACAAAACAACAACGUUUAUAUAACCUGCUUAAUUUUUGUUAUAAUCUUAGCGAUUACAGUGCUUGCCAUCCUGGCUUUAAUUAAGCGAUCAAAUCGUUGGUCAUCGAAGUGAAUCCUUAUAAUAAGGCUCAUGUCUAAUAGAAAAUUCUAACUUGUCUUUUUUAAUAUCGGUCUGCUUUACCAUUCCAAAAUUAUGUUUUUUUUUCAAAUUCUAGUUUGAUACAUUAUAGAAAUUCUUACUUUAACUUUCCGCUCUCCUACUAGGAAUCAAAGGCGUAAAAGUUAUUCAUUAAGGCCUAAAUAAUUUUCUGCCGAUUGAAUUAAAUAUAUUGUGCUAUUCAUGUAUAUUAUCACAGUAAAAGAGUAUACGAAUUUAUGAAUCCUCCCAGCGCAUAAGUUAAUACCAAUGUUACACGGCCAGUAUAAUUUGUUCCUAUACAAAUAAUUUAUAUAUAACUUUUCUUGUGAAAAUUCACUUUAAGUGAAGUCAAUUUUUGAUUUUGUUAAACUUGUAUUUACCUAUAUGAUCUUAUUUAUUAUAGAAAUGACUAUAGUUUCAUCAUGCAAUUUUCUGUCUCACUAAAACUUGGGGUUUUGUCACUUUAAUGAUGUACGCACAAAGUAAGAAAUACCAAAAAUAAAAACCAACUCCUUACCAAAGGUCUAUAGUAAUAAUAGUAUUCUGUGAACAGAACAAACUAAAUUAUAAUAAUAAUGUAAAUAACUCACAUAACCAAACCUAAUGAAAUAAAGGCUGAAUACUGUUAAAUCAGUUAAUCUGUA